AUUUUCUGUUACUUUUUGCUUAAUUAUGAUCCAUCUGAUUUGUGUUGAAUUUUCUAUUCAUCUUAAUUACUCUGUGUCUUUUAAAAACAAUUCUCAUGUACAUCAUCAUUUAUUGAGUUAUACGCAUUAAUACUUAUGUGUUGAAUGGUUAAAACAUGAAAUGAUAGUUCUUUGAGAUCAUAAUUAAUUUGCCUAUCAAGACUUGUCAUUUUACAUGGUUUACCAACAAAUCAUCUGUCAGUAAUAUUCACUGUUUAUUAUUAUUUCUUUUUUAAUCCAUUUUUCAAUCCUCAAUUAUUAUUACUAAAUUUUAUCUCUAUGGAAUAAAUGCAAAAUUAACUAAUUAUGGCUGCCCCAAUAACUUUGGAAAAUUGUUAUGUUGCCUUACUAUCUAUGGCUGAAGGAUUCAGAACUUCCAAUCCACCCGACAUCAAAAGAAGUGUUCAAUGUCUUCAAGCAAUACUCAAUCUUCCCAUCGAUCACUACACUAUGGCUAAAACUCAUCUUCAAAUCGGCCAGUUAAUUAAUAAACAUGCAACAAACAUUGACAUAGCUUGUAAACAUUUUCAAGAUGCGUGGCAAUUAUCUCGUGAUAUACCCGGAGCAGAAGAUAUCAUGUUGGAAUCCAUCGCAAUGCUAGUGAAUAUCUAUGAAAAGCAGAAUGAGUUUAGAACUGCUAAAGAAAUAAUCGCCAAAGGAAUUGAAAAUUCAGCGAAUCAUGUUUGGUGGCAUUGUAAAUUUCUAUUUCAAAUAGCUCAAAUUCAUGCUAAAGAACAUGAUUACAUAUCAUCGGCCCAUGUACUUACAUCUGGAGCAGAUUAUGCCUAUAUAUCCGGCGCUUCUUACACAAGAAUACUGUUUCUAUUAAGCAAAGGAAUGAUGCAGUUAAUAGGCAGGAGCUAUGUGGAAGCUCAUAAAGCAAUAGUUAGUGCUCAACAGCUUCUCGAAGCAUGGCAAGGAAAUAAUCAACAAAAAGAAAGUUUGACCGUUUUCUUCCUAAUUUUACAAGUUUGCCAUCAUCUAAAUGCUGGAAAAGCCAAAAGUGCCAAAUCUCCUCUGAAAAUACUCCAACAAAGUAUUCAAAAUCUUUCAACUUAUGAUUCGAAAUCAGCAACAUUUUCUAUGACAGAUGAAGGCGGGUUUCAUUGGAUGCCGAAAGAGCAUAUGUGUGUUUUAGUUUACUUGGUAACUGUACUUCAUUCUAUGCAAGCUGGUUAUAUGGACAGAGUACAAAAAUACACAGAGAAAGCUCUUAUGCAGAUCGAAAAACUUAAAAUGAUUGACAAUCAUCCAUUACUCCAUACUUUUCAGCUUAUCCUAUUAGAGCAUAUUGCUAUGUGCAGAUUGGUUAUGGGAAAUCGUACUCUCGCCAUUAAAGAAACUGUGCAAGCAAUUCAUAUUUGUAAUAGAGACCAUCGUUUGAAAAUGAGACAUCAACCUGUUAUUCAUUCACUUCUAGGACUUUACUCAAUGUCAAUGAAUGUCGGAAACACUGCAGAAUUUCACUUGAGAGCUGUGCUCGCAUCACCUGUAGCAACUGCUGAACUGAAAGUACUCGCAUCUCUCAACCUAUCGAUAGUUUAUUUGCGAAUGGCAAGACAUUCCGAGUUAAAUGAACUUCUAGUUACUUUAAAUCCUGAUACGUUGCAAUCAGGAUCUCAAAGCGUGAAAGCUGCUUGCCUAUACGUAAUGGGCUUGAAUGCAUUUUUUCAAAAUCGUUUCAAUGAUGCAAAACGGUUCCUCCGAGAUACUCUCCAAAUGGCAAAUUGUGAAGAACUCAAUCGUUUGACCUCUUGUUCUCUGGUUCUUUUGGGUCACAUUUUCUAUGCACUAGGAAACUGUAAAGAAAGUAUGAACAUGGUUACACCUGCCAUGGAGCUGGCUAGUAAAAUACCUGAUAUUCAUGUUCAAUUAUGGGCAACAUCUUUAUUAAAUAAUUUGUACGGAUUUUUCGGUAACAAUCUUCAAGCUCAAAAAGCUGAUCAAACGCACAACACAUUCUCUCAACAUUAUAUGAAUGACUAUUAUCAGGCUAACCAAACACCAGAGCAUUCUUAUAUAAAUUGGACUGGAGAAUGAAACUUUCCUGAUUCAAACUCAAACUCUCAAUUUACAUGACAAAACCCCAUAUAUCUGUAUCUUUUUAUUCAAACAUUUUUUUUUUCUUAAAAUUUAAUAUAUUAUUUAUUGAGCAAAAAUUAAAUUGAUUACUACAAAAGUAUAAUGUAUUGAUAUAAAUCAAUAUCAAACCUGUAAUUUCUCUUCUUUCAAAAUACAAUGUAAUUUGA